AUGGCAUACAUAGCGCCUAUUCACCGGCCUAACAGUGUGCGACACGCACUUCGUGUCAACCUGUUUCCUGGUGAGGAUGAGUGCUUGAUUCUUGCCAAAACUAAUCGUCUAGAAAUAUGGAAGCUUCACGAGUCCGGCACUUUGGUGCAUACCGACACGAGACGAGUAAAUGGUACCAUCUCCAUAUUACAGAAGCUCCAACCUCGAGAUACCAAGACUGAGUUGGUCUUUAUUGGAACUGAUAGAUUUCAUUACUUCACCUUCGGAUGGAAUACUACAACUAAAAGAUUAGAAACGGUCGACUCUUUCUUCGAUAUCCAUGAGAAACACAUGCGUGAUGCCCAGAGCCAGGAUAUGUGUGUAGUGGACCCGACAGGGCGGUUUAUGGUAGUCUUCCUUUGGGAAGGAGUAAUUAAUGUUUUACGAAUGCACACUGUAAAGAGCAAGAGGCAAAACCUUCACUGGAUGGAUCAGGUCCGAGUAUCAGAGCUUUAUAUCAAAGGGGCAACCUUUCUACAUGUUGAAACUGGUCACCCAAAGAUCGCAUUCCUCUAUCAAACCCGAACCGAUAUCCCCGACUCUCAGCUCGUCACAUAUCGUCUAACAGCCGACGACAAGAACACAGAGGUUUCUAGGUUCGAAGUCCGAGAUCAGGUUGAUCGUAUAGAUAUCCCAGAUCCUGGCGCGAGAAUCUUGAUCCCAGUUGGUAAAGGCGAAGAGGACCAAAAACGCUACAUAAUACGAAACGCCUCUACCGCGCGAGCUCAACUCGGCGGGUUAAUUGUUGUUGGGGAGACCAGGCUAGUAUAUUACGAUGACGCCGCAAAGAAGAAGGUUGAAACUCCAUUGAAGGAAUCAUCCAUCUUCGUAGCUUGGGCCGAAUAUGAUGUUUCACAUUACUUAAUUGGAGACGACUAUGGAGCCAUGUGGCUUCUCGAGAUUCUACUCGACGGACCUGUGGUAACCGGCCUGGAAAUGACCAAGAUCGGAGAGACUUCGAGGGCAUACACCCUCGUCUACGUGGGGGAUAAUGUUUUGUUUGUCGGAUCUCAAUACGGGGACUCUCAGGUUUUCCAUGUCGACCUCGAAGCGAAGUCGCUACGUUUAAUCCAGACUUUGAACAAUAUUGCUCCGAUUCUGGACCUCAAUAUUAUGGAUUUGGGAAAUCGCGAAGGGGAAGGUCAAACUACUAAUGAAUACUCUUCUGGUCAAGCAAGGAUUGUUACAGGUAGCGGCGCUCAUAAAGAUGGGAGCUUACGUAGUGUACGAAGUGGUGUUGGGUUAGAUGACAUCGGCGUUCUUUCCGAUAUGGAAAAUGUUCGAUCAUUAUUUCCCCUUAAAUCCCACGAGGCAUCCAAGACUGAUACCUUGGUCGUUUCUCUCUUAACGGAAACUCGAAUAUUCAAGUUUACGCCUGGCGCCGAGGUUGAAGAACUAGAGGAAUUCGGAGGAAUGAUAUUUGACGAGCAGACGCUGCUAGCCCGAAAUCUCCCAAAUGGUCGAAUACUCCAGGUCACUACGACCAGCGCACUGCUUGUAGAUUUGGAGAGUGGUGUCGUUGUAUCGACAUGGAAACCCGCUGAAGGGCACAUAACAAACGUAUCAGCAAGUGAUGAGUGGAUUCUGCUCUCCGUUAACGGGUCGGCUCUUUUAUCUAUACGAAUAGAACAAGACCUAGUCAGAGUCGAGUAUAACGAUCUAGAAGAUAAAGACCAAGUUGCCUGUGUACACCUACCUCCAGACUAUCCUUCCAUUGGCGUUGUCGGCUUCUGGAAAUCGGGCAUGAUAUCCAUUAUUGAUCUAAAGACACUACAGUCUAUCCACGGAGAGAACUUGCGGCGAAAAGAUAAUAACGCUUCUAUACCGCGAGGCAUCGUGCUCGCGCAAGUUCUUCCCCCACACCUAGCUGGACCAACGUUGUUCAUAGCCAUGGAGGAUGGUUUUGUUAUCACCUUCAACAUAUCCAAGGCAGACUUUUCUCUAUCUGGGCGGAAGAGUGUUGUUCUAGGGACACGACAGGCUGGGUUGCAAUUGAUCCCUCGGGCCGAGGGAAUCUACAACGUAUUCGCCACAAGCGAGCAUCCCAGUAUGAUUUACGCGGCCGAAGGCAGAAUAGUCUACUCAGCAGUCACGGCCGAUGAUGCAACCUGCGUGUGUCCAUUUGAUACCGAAGCCUUUCCAGACUCAAUUGUUGUUGCAACAGAAAAAGAAAUCAAAAUAUCACAAAUAGAUACAGGACGCCAAACACACGUGCAAACACUACCAAUGGGAGAAACUAUUCGUCGCAUAGCCUAUUCUCGUAGCGAGAGGGCCUUUGGCCUGGGCUGUUUGAAAAGGGAGGUUAAGAACAAUGCGGAGAUUCUCACUAGCUCAUUUAAGUUGGUAGAUGAAGUUGCUUUCAAGCAGCUUGGAAGUAGUAUUGUUUUAAGCAGUUCGACACGGGUGGAAGCGGUAGAGGCUGUCAUUCGAGCAGAGCUUCCCGACUCGUAUGGGAAUCCGGUUGAAAGAUUUUUAGUUGGCACCUCUUUUCUCGACAGACCGCAAGGUACCUCACCAGAGGACUUUAUCAGAGGCAGAAUCUUAGUUAUCGGGGUUGACAGUGAAAGAGUCCCCUACAUAAUAAGCAGCAAGGACUUGAAAGGUGCUUGUAGGUGUCUAGCCGUCAUGGGAGAUAUGGUUGUUGCGGCCUUAGCAAAGACGGUUAUCUUGUACUCAUACGAUGAGAUAUCUUCAACGUCUGUAGAGUUGAGGAAAGUAGCAUCAUAUCGACCAGCUGCUUAUCCUGUUGACUUGGCAAUCGAUGGCAACAUCAUCGCGGUCGCUGACCUGAUGAAAUCAAUGACGCUAGUUGAGUAUGUCCCACCUGCUGAUGGCCAAGCGGCUAAGCUUGUGGAAGUCUCAAGACAUUACCAAGCAUUCUGGGCCACCGCCGUGUGUCAUAUAGACCAGGAAUCAUGGUUAGAGUCGGACGCGCAGGGCAACUUACUGGUACUAAGGCGAAACCUGGCCGGCGUCACGAUAGAGGACAAACGCCGCAUGGAAAUCACGAGUGAGAUCAACCUUGGCGAAAUGGUGAAUAAGAUCCGAAAGGUCGUAGUAGAUGCUAGCGAGAAUGCCGUCGUCAUCCCGCGCGCAUUUCUCGGCACGGUUGAAGGGGGCGUCUACUUGUUCGGAACUAUUGCACCAGAGUACCAGGAUCUGCUGAUCCGAUUCCAGAUCAAGCUUGCAGAGGUCGUGGAGACUACGGGUAACAUACUCUUCUCUAGAUAUCGAUCUUUUAGGAACGAGGAGCGCGAGUCGGAAGGGCCGUUUCGCUUCAUAGACGGAGAGUUCCUUGAGCGAUUCUUGGACAUUGAUGAGAAGAUACAGGAGGAGGUAUGUGCAGGAUUAGGCCCUGACGUCGAAGCUAUGCGAAAUCUUGUCGAGGAGUUAAAACGAAUUCACUAA